GCGGGGAGGGUAGCGGCGUAACACAAUGAUAUAGGGAUAAAUAUUAAGCCGUGACAUUGACGUGCCCGGCGCCUCCCCUCCCCCGCGCUCCCGGCACACUCUGGGCUGCUCGGCACGCCCCCUCCCGUUCCACUGCGGCCCGCGCCGCGCGCUCAUCCCCGAGGGGCCCCUGCAACCUCUCCGCGAAGACGGCUCCAGCCCUGCAGGGAAAGAAAAGUAACCUCGCUUUUCUCGGAGGAACCAGGAAGGAUUAAGCGGCUUGGGAGCGGGCAGGAGCGCGCGGAAGGUGCAAUGAUUGUGGACUGAGACGCACUCGGGCAGAGACUAUGUAAUCGCCUCGGUGUCUGUCCAGAGGACUUCGCUUCGGGGAGGAAAGAGGAGGGCUCGCUCGCUCCUCCGGCGGCGGCGGCGGCGACUCGGCAGGCGGAGUUUCGCGGCGGCGGCACCAGGGUUGCGCCAGCCCGCGGGGACGCGGGUCGCUCCUUCCAGCCCCGGCGGCCGCGAGAGUCCCAGCGUCGGAGCGCCUGAGCCUGCGAGGGAGAGCGAGAGCGAGCUCCGGGGAGCCCCGGAGGAGGCGAGCGGCGGCCGCGAGCAAGCCGAGCGCAACACCCCCCCCCCCCGCUCGCCCCAGCGGCGCCGCGCCGGGCGGCGUCCAGGCGGCAUGGAGAAGGACGGCCUGAGCCGCGCCGACCAGCAGUACGAGUGCGUGGCGGAGAUCGGGGAGGGCGCCUAUGGGAAGGUGUUCAAGGCCCGCGACCUGAAGAACGGAGGCCGUUUCGUGGCGCUGAAGCGCGUGCGGGUGCAGACGGGCGAGGAGGGCAUGCCGCUCUCCACCAUCCGCGAGGUGGCGGUGCUGAGGCACCUGGAGACCUUCGAGCACCCCAACGUGGUCAGAUUGUUCGAUGUGUGCACCGUGUCACGAACAGACAGAGAAACCAAACUAACAUUGGUAUUUGAACAUGUUGAUCAAGACUUGACCACUUACUUGGAUAAAGUUCCAGAGCCUGGAGUGCCUACUGAAACCAUAAAGGAUAUGAUGUUCCAGCUUCUCCGAGGUCUGGACUUUCUUCAUUCUCACCGAGUAGUGCAUCGCGAUCUAAAACCACAGAAUAUUCUGGUGACCAGCAGUGGACAAAUCAAACUGGCUGACUUCGGCCUUGCCCGCAUCUACAGCUUUCAGAUGGCUCUUACCUCGGUGGUCGUCACGCUGUGGUACAGAGCUCCAGAGGUCUUGCUCCAGUCCAGCUACGCCACCCCCGUGGAUCUCUGGAGUGUUGGCUGCAUAUUUGCAGAAAUGUUUCGUAGAAAGCCUCUUUUUCGUGGAAGUUCAGAUGUCGAUCAACUAGGAAAAAUCUUGGACGUAAUUGGACUCCCAGGAGAAGAGGACUGGCCUAGGGAUGUUGCCCUUCCCAGGCAGGCUUUUCAUUCAAAAUCUGCCCAACCAAUUGAGAAGUUUGUAACAGAUAUUGAUGAACUAGGCAAAGACCUACUUCUGAAGUGCUUGACAUUUAAUCCAGCCAAAAGAAUAUCUGCCUACAGCGCCCUGUCUCACCCGUAUUUCCAGGACCUGGAGAGGUGCAAGGAGAACCUGGAUUCCCACCUGCCGCCCAGCCAGAACACCUCGGAGCUGAACACAGCCUGAGGUCUCAGCAGCUGCUUUGAGCUGAUCCCCUGGAGAACACCCUUGGUAGCCAAUGGGUCCCCCUGAGGAAUCCCCGCAGAGCUGUUGAGGAUCGCUGUCUAGAGGCCUCCAAGCUGCCGUCUUCUGGACGGGCUCUGCUUUUCCAAGGAAACCACCUAGUUUACUGUUUCGAAAUCAAUGCAAGAGUGAUUGCAGCUUUAUGUUCGUUUGUUUGUUUGUUUGUUUGUCUGUUUCAAGAACCUGGAAAAAUUCCAGAAGAAGAGAAGCUGCUGACCAAUUGUGCUGCCAUUUCAUUUUCUAACCUUGAAUGCUGCCAGUGUGAAGUGGGUAAUCCAGGCACAGCUGAGUUAUGAUGUAAUCUCUCUGCAGCUGCCGGGCCUGAUUUGGUACUUGAGUGUGUGUGUGUGUGUGUGUGUGUGCGUGCGUGCGUGCGUGUGUGUGUGUGUGUGCGUGUGUGUGUGUGUGUGUGUGUGUGUGUGUGAGACAGAGAUUCUGUGAUCUCUUAAAGUGUUACUUUUUGCAAACAAGAAUAAUUGAAUUUUAAAGACUCAAGGUGACCGGUAAAUAACAGGUGUUUCAUUCACUAAAAGCGAUUCACCAGAAUGAUCUCAAAUUAGAAAGUUGAGCCUUGUCCUCAGCAUUUCUUUUCUGGCCAAAAGCAGCAAAUUUGCUAGUAGUAAAAAGUGAGGUUUUAUACAUACAGCAAAAGGUGAAAAAAAUUCUAGUAUCUUUUAAGAGACCUGUUGUUUGAAGCAUACAUUCUUUUUACUCUUUGAAAACUGAAUUUACUCGUUGUAAGUCUGUUUUAACCUUCUGUAUAAUAUCAUGCUUUAUGGUUUCUUUUGGAAAAUUCCCUAUAAACUU